CCAUAUUUACUUUGUGAAUCGAGGAAUGCUCUCAUUCCAAAUUUGAUCUCUUGUCCAGUUAGGGAAAACAUGGAGAGCAUCUUGCCGACGACAUCGUUCUCUUCUUCUUCUUCUUCGUCAAAAUCAGAUAGGCGAUCAAAAUCAAAAUCUACUCAAACAUCAUCUAAACCUUCACUUGUAAUGGCGUUAAUUUCCUGCUUCGCUUGGUUAUAUGUCGCCGGAAGGUUAUGGCAAGAUGCAGAGAACAGAGUGUUAUUAGCUACUCUUUUCAAGAAGAAUUCACAGCAGAGACCAAAGAUGCUGACAGUGGAAGACAAGCUAAUGGUUUUAGGAUGCAAGGACCUGGAGAGGAGAAUAGUUGAAGUUGAAAUGGAAUUAACAGUGGCUAAGAGUCAAGGUUACCUCCAGAAUCAGUUGAAACAGAGUGGUUCGUCUUCAGGCAAACAACUUCUGGCUGUUAUAGGAAUUUAUACGGGAUUUGGAGGUCGAUUGAGGAGAAAUGUGAUCAGAGGGUCUUGGUUUCCAAAUGUUGAUGCUUUGUCAAAACUUGAAGAAAGAGGAGUGGUCGUGCGAUUUGUUAUUGGUCGGAGUCCCAACCGAGGUGAUAGCUUGGACCGCAAUAUUAACGAGGAAAAUCGGGCGACAAAAGAUUUCUUGAUUCUAGGAAGUCAUGAGGAAGCUCACGAGGAACUGCCCAAAAAGGCUAAAUAUUUCUUUAGCUCAGCAAUACAAACUUGGGAUGCAGAGUUUUAUGUGAAAGUUGAUGACAACAUUGAUGUUGACCUUGAUGGGUUGAUUGAGCUCCUCCAAAAGCGUCAUGGUCAAGAUAGUUCUUACAUUGGAUGCAUGAAAUCUGGAGAAGUAGUUUCGGAAGAGGGAAAGUCAUGGUACGAGCCAGAAUGGUGGAAAUUUGGAGAUGAGAAGUCGUACUUCCGACAUGCUGCCGGUUCAGUUCUGGUGCUUUCUAAAAAUUUGGCUCAGUAUAUUAACAUAAACAGUGCUUCAUUGAAGAGCUAUGCACACGAGGAUAUAUCUAUUGGAUCAUGGAUGAUGGGUCUUCAGACAACUUACACAGAUGACAGCCGCCUAUGCUGUAGCACCACCACCAGCCAAGACAAGGUGUGCUCAUUGGCUUGAACAGGAAUGAUGUUAUUCCAUUCCAUCUUGCUGGGUGACAACUUUCCAUUUGUUUCUAUUGGAGCAUUCCAUGAUUCGAAAUGGAAACAUGCUGUUUCUGGCUCAGGUAGUAUUGACAUUCUUGCUGACGUAAUUCAGCUAUUAUAUACAUGGAGUGGGCAAAAUCCUUUACAGGAUAUGUACACUACUAUUGGACUAGAGAGUGUAAAUCUUGGAGAACUUCAGUUUCUUAAAGAUGGAAAUAGUUGUUGAUGAAGUGAUUAAAUUAGUGGAACAUGAUUUUGUCCUUGC